AUGGGAGCGUGGGAGCACAGCCAGGCGUGUGGUGCAACCUUUACCCUCCUCCCCCUUCCCGCCCGAUAUCCCGCCUUAACACCUUUGCACUUCCCCCCCCCCAUUUUUGUUCUUUCCCCUCCCGCACCCCUCCCUCCUCCCCCUAUUGGCUCCCUUACCACAGCCAAGUGGCAGCGCAGGACCCCGAGCUCAUGGAGAUGCCAGGUGGCACCACAGGACCCCGAGCUGAUGGAGAUGUUUGGCGAUGCCAUGCUGGACCCCGAGCUCAUGGAGCUGUUUGGAGAUGCCAUGCUGGACCCACAGCAGAUGCAGGAGAAGAUGGAGGAGCGCAUUCGAUCGAAGCAGGCAGAGCUGCUGGCAGAGAAGCGAGGCAGCGGAGGCACGAUGCAGGUGGCCAUUAAAGAGAUUGACCCAUUUGACAUGUACAUCUGGUUCGAGCUUCACAAGACACCAUCAGAAGACGAUAUGAACACACUCGGCAGUGUCAUCCGAGCAUGGUACGUGGUGGGCAAGCUGGGAGGCUACAACUCCGCCAACCUGCAGCUAAUGGAGGGAGACGAAUCGUCCAAAUACAAGUACGAUGUGGGCACGGCAGCAUCUGCUUUACCCGCCUUGAUGCACAACGUUGGGGACCUGGAGUUUCAAGACAACCUGGGGAGGAUAUGGCUAGACAUGGGUACAGCAGACAUGAUGGCUGUCGACGUUCUCAUCAACUCCCUCAAUGCUGUUAGCUCCGACCAUGUGGGUAUAAGAAAGGUGACAGUUGGCGGAUCAAAGAUGGACGAUUGGGAGGAAGGCAUGACACGGCCUGAAGAUGGGUAUCAAUCCUACAGCAUAUGA